AUGAAGAUCCCCACUUUUUUCUUGGCCUCGUGUCUUUUGGCCACGGCUCAAAAUGCAGCCCCCGUGUUUAGUCCCCAACGAGUCGGCAACUAUCUCUGUGACAUUUAUUUGGCGCCAUCCGACAUUGGUGGAUGGGGAGUCUAUGCUGGCCGGGACUUUGACGAAGGGGAAAUAGUGGAAAUCGCACCCCGAUAUGUCCCUCUGAAAUCCACUGAAUUCAUGCACAACAACGCCUUGGAUGACUUUCAUUACGGUUUUACCUUUCAACGAGAUCCAGAAGAAACAUCCUUUGGUGCCGCCAUCUUCGGAAUGUCCAUGUUUUACAAUCAUGGAGUGGGAGCCCAACGAAAUGUAGUCUACACUAGUUUUGGCUUUGAACCUGACAAACACAUGACAUGGGGAUCCAUGAUGAUUGGCUUUGUGGCCAAUCGUGAUAUUCGGAGAGGUGAAGAGUUGCUGUCAUCAUAUGGAGAAACCGAACGGUGGUUUACGGACCGUGGGCUAGAGAUGGCACAACGCGAGGAGCAAGAGAUUCCAUCUCAGGAGGAAUUGACCAAAUUGGAACAGCAACAAUGUGCAAAAUCGAUUGCAGGAAUUGGACAUUCCACUUGGAUUGAUCGUGUUGUAGCAGCGCAAGACAUCUAUGAACUGCAUGUUCCGUACAUUCAAAAGGAGGAAAUGCUGCCAUUACAAGAUCAUCCAACGGCAGUUGCCAAGGAAUUCGUGCAGGAUGGUUCUCUCAUAGAACAGGCACCGGCACUGGUGGUCCCCAUGGCUACUUAUGAAGUAUCACCACUGGAACCUAUGAUAAUUGCUUGGGCUGAUUUGGAUCCAUCACUGCAGGAGGUGGUUCAAGAUUUGCGAGAAGAUGGUGUUUACCGCAUGAAAGGAAUUGACACAGAAACCGGACGUCUCGUCCCGGACGUCUUGGAAUUCUUUGAGGACUCGGCAAUCCUUCCUGCAGCAGGCAACAUUGGCUUGGUACGAAAAGUGGGCCCCGAUGGUGACAGCAAUUGUCGUUUGGGCAUUGAAUCUGCUGCAAGGGAUAUAGAGAAUGCUGACAUUGGAAGCUCUGGAAUCAUCUUGAAAUUGUAUGCUACAAGAGAUAUACAGCCUGGAGAGGAACUAUUGCUGAACCUUCCUGAUUCCAGUUCCUGGCAUACUAAGACGACUCUUUCACAGCACUUGGCACUGACUGGACAGCCCAUUCCGAAGCAUCUUGUUGACACCUACAAUCCUGGACUAGAUGACAUUUCAUUGGAUGACGAGGAAGAGCCAGAACUGUGA